AUGCUGAUACUGCAGCAGCAGCAGCAGCACUGGCAGCAGCAGCAGCAGCAACAGCAGCAGCAGCAGCAGCAGCAGCAGCAACAGACCUCCAUAAGCAUUGACGGCUUCGCGGGGGACGCCUCUGUUGAGCAGCAAAGACACAACCUCCGUCUGUCCCACAGCAGCAAAAUCCACACCAGCAGCAGCAGCAGCAACAGCAGCAAUAGCAACAGCAGCAGCAACAGCAACAACAGCAGCAGCAGCAGCGAUAGGAAGCAGAACGUAGAUGCAGCAGCAAGAAAAGCAGCAGCAGCACCACCAACAGCAGCAGCAGCAGGAACAGACGCAGCAACAACAGCAGCAGCAACAACAACAACAGUACGGCCAACAGCAGCAGCAGCAGCAACAACAGCACCGCCAAUAGCAGGAGCAGCAACAGCAGCAGCAGCAACAGCUGCAACAGCAACAGCUGCAGCAGCAGCAGCAGCAGCAGCAGCAGCAGGGAGUUUACUUUGUCUGACUAUUGAAGGCUCUCCUUGGCAGCCCGAGACCGCAUGCAGCAGCGCAGGGAAUCCGUUGUCUCGCUGCAGCAGCAGCAGCAACAGCAGCAGCAGCAGCAGCAGCAGUAAGAGUAGCAGCAGCAGCAGCAGCAAGAGGAGCAGCAGGGACAGUGAAACCGCUCUAUCGACGAACGCAGCAGCAGCAGCAGCAGCAGCAAAAGCAGCAACAGCAGCAGCAUCAAUAGCCUCAUCAGUCACAGCAACAGCAAGACCAACAGCAGCAACAACCGCAGCAGCAGCAGCAGCAACAGCAGAGCAGCAGCAGCAGCAGCAGCAGUAA